AUGUUUAUCAAAGAGGUAAACAUCACUGGGUUUCGAAGUUAUCGGGAAAACACUACCAUCGACAGCUUCUCGCCGAAACACAAUGUGAUUGUUGGACGCAACGGAUCUGGAAAGUCCAACUUUUUCUUCGCCAUCCAGUUUGUUCUAUCGGAGGAGUUUGCACAUCUACGCCCAGAGCAACGAAUGAGUGUUAUUCAUGAAGGAACUGGACCACGAAUUUCAAGCGCACGAGUGGAAAUCGUCUUUGACAACUCGGAUCGCCGAAUUCCAGCUAUUGAAACAAACGAAGUUCGAGUCGUAAGGCAAAUUGCACAAAAGAAGGACCAGUACUAUAUUGAUGGAAAGCUUGUGCCGAGAGCUGAAGUGGUCAAUCUCAUGGAGUCAGCUGGAUUCUCACGUUCAAACCCGUACUACAUCGUCAAACAAGGAAAAAUUAAUGAACUUGCAACGGCACCUGACGCACAACGCUUAAAGCUUUUGAAAGAGGUGGCUGGUACUCGGGUUUAUGAUGAACGAAAGGAAGAAAGCUUAAAGAUUCUCAAAGAAACAAGUUCAAAAGUCAAGAAGAUUGAGGACCUUUUAAACUACAUCGAUGAGCGAUUGAAUACAUUGGAAUCGGAGAAAGAAGAUUUGAAAGAGUACCAAAAGUGGGACAAACAGAAAAGAUCCAUCGAAUAUACCAUGUACGAUGUUGAAAUUCGAGAAGCACGAAAAAAACUGGAUCAUCUUGCUGAACAAAGGGAAGAUUUGAAUCAACGGCAAAAUAAGGUUAGCUCCGAUCUGAUGGAUGUGCAAAGUCGUGGAAUGAAAGCUUCUGGGGAGCAGCGCAAACUCGAAUCACGUUUCAAAGGGAUGAAGGAAGAAAAGGAGUCUCUGCUACAAGAACGCGCUCAGCUUUUUGAAAAGCGAACAGCAUUAGAGCUCAAAAUCAAGGAUCUGAAAGAAGACGUGGAAAAAGAACGUUCUGGUCGAUCAAGAGCAGAGGGUGAACUAGAAAAACUGAAAGCUGAAAUUGCCGAAAAACAAGAAGAACUUGAGUCGAUUGUUCCCGCUUAUGAGAAAUUGCUUGAAUCUGAAGAACGCCUGAAGUCGGAUGUUCGAAUUGCAGAAAAUCGUUUGAAGGAAUUACUCUUAAAGCAAGGUCAUGGUCAUCAAUUUAAGUCGGUCGCUGAAAGAGACGACUUUUUUGAAAAAGAAAUUCGCUUCGUGAGGUCCCAGCUACGAGAUACUGAAGAGCAAAUGCAAACGAUUGAACGUAGCCUAGAAGAAGAAGCAAGUGAUGAACAAGGAGUCAACGAUCAAAUUAGAAAUAUUGGUUUGCAACUUGAGGAUACAAUCAGUGAAUUAGAGACGACCAACACCGCUUAUGCUCGGCUUCGGAAAGACUUUGAUAAGGCUGUCUACGCUCAUUUGGAGUCCGGAAGAGCUGAGCGAGAGAAACGCGAACAUGUGGAUCAAUUGAAAGCUGAUUUGCAACAUCAGGAGAAUACGUUACGAGGAUUGACCAACAAACCAGCUGUGAAUGGGAUGGAAAGCGUCCGAAAAGUUUUACAAUGGUUUCGCGAAAAUAACACUAAUGGCAAAUACGAUGAUGUUACUAACGGAUAUUAUGGUACUUUGAUUGAACUAAUCGAAUGCGAUCCGGUCUAUUAUCAGGCCAUUGAAGUCACCGCUGCUGGAAGACUCUUUUAUCACGUAGUGUCCGAUGAUCGUGUUGCUAUGAAAAUUUUGAAUAAGAUAAAUUAUAUGAACUUGCCCGGAACGAUUGAUUUCUUUCCACUUUUGCGCCUGACCAGCCCGCAUAGACGAAGCACAAAUGACCCAGACGCACGCCCAAUGAUUGACUGCCUGAAUUACGAUUCAAAGUUCGAAACGGCUUUUCGCCAAGUUUUUGCAGCAACAGUCAUUGUGCGCACGAUGCAAGUGGGUCAGAGAAUGGCAAAAAACGAGGGAUUCGAUGCAGUGACCCUUGAAGGAGAUCAGAUUUCACGCCGAGGUGCUCUGACUGGAGGAUAUAUCGAUCGUAAGAAGUCAAAACUUGAGAUUUUCAAUUCCAUCAAAGAGAUGAAGCAGCAAUUGGAAGAUGCUUCAGUCGAGUUGGAAAAGCUGACGCGAAAUGUCACCCACAAGCAACAGGAAGUAGAGAAAAUUCGAAUGGAAAUGGAAAAAGUGGAAUUGGAUCUUCGGCGCUUAAAGGACCAACAUCGUGAUUUGAGCGAGCGACGCAAGUUUGCUAAUGAACAAUUGGGAAGCAACACUCGAAAUACCGAUCAGAAAAAAAGCCAACUUCUGGUGCUAAAGAAUCGCAUUCGCGAACUGCAAGAUAAGAAAGCAACCAUUUCGUCAGAGCUCGAGCAACCAAUGCAAAGUCAAUUGACUGGUGACGAGCAGAAACAGAUGGAUGGAUUUCAGAACCAAUCCAAAACUCUGCCAAGAAUUGAAAACUUGCUUCAAACAAAUCUUGUUCGCAAACGCGACAAUCUAAGCUCGAAAGUUGGCGACAUAUCCGUUGACGAGAAGCGACACAAUCUCGAAAACGACAACUCGGAAUUAGCAAGUGUGAUUUCCCGUCAAACAGAGAUCAAUCGAAUCAUUGAUGAAUUGGACCGCGAUUUGAAAGAGUAUGAAGAGGCAGCCGAAAAGUUGACGCGGGAAAUUGAUGACGUUCAAGAACAACAGAAAGACCUUGAGCAACAAAUGGCGGAGUUCUCGAAACAAGUGGAAAUGAUUUUCACUAAGCAAAGCACACUUUACACUAAACGCGAAGAAAGUGUUAAAAAGAUUCGGGACUUGGGUUCGCUACCUACUGAAGCUUUCAGCAAAUACCAAAACUUGACUUCAAAGCAAUUGGAUAAGAAGCUUAGUGAAGCACUUAACGAACUGAAGAAGUACGAAAAUGUGAACAAGAAGGCUUUGGAUCAAUUUGUACAAGCGUCAUCUCAGAAAGAAGAUCUGACAAAGCGAAUGGAAGAACAACGCAAAAAUGAAAAGGCGAUUGAGAACUUAUUGGAUGUGCUGGAGAACAGGAAAUAUGAAGCAAUCUUAUUUACUUUUAAACAGGUGUCCAAGAACUUUAAAGAUGUCUUCUCAAAAUUAGUUCCAGGAGGAAGAGGAGACCUUGUCAUGCAAAUGAAUAGCCAAGAAACUGAUGAAGCUGAUCGACAAAAGAGCACAGUAGAAAACUUUACAGGAGUUAGCAUCAGAAUUUCAUUCACAUCAGACGCGGAAACACGGGAAAUGCAACAACUUUCUGGGGGGUCAAAAGACAUUGGUGGCACUGGCCAUGAUUUUUGCAAUUCAAAAAUG